ACACUUAAAUGAUAGUCUGCCAAUUUUUUCUCGUAUUUUGCUAGAUUUUCAGUGAAUGGUGUUGUACUAACCAAUUUUUAAAAAUCUAAGCUUUGAAAUGCACAAGUGUCCAUAGAGAACAAUAAAAGAGAUUUAUUCAUUUCAACAAGGAACAACUGAAAUCGACGUCGCCACCACUGUACGAGGGGGAGAAGGAGCAGAGCCCCUGUCGCUUCCAGCCGAAGAGUGACGUCACUGACCGACCCGCCCGAGCUUGCCGAGUUGCUGCGUUCUCCACUUCUCGGCUCGAUUUGUUGAAUCAUCCAUAGUUCAUCCUCUCGUUGUGUUGUUGAUAGUUGUCGGUUUAGCUGCUUCAUUACAGAAACUUGUGUUUCUCUUUGUACUUUUAACUGUGCGCUCGUUAAGUGGUGUUUAAAUUUGAACGGAUAUGGCUACAGAAGUAGAAAACAACGCACCCGCUAUGGACACCAAAGAAAUUAAAGAAGAGGUUGCAGCCGGCGAUAAUAAAGCGGAAGAGGCAAAGCAAGAAGUCGGUGCUGGAGACGCUGCAACUCCAAAGGAGAAAGAACCCGCUCCUCCAAAAGUUGUAGUACACAAGACGAAUUAUGAAAAAGAUGUUGUAUAUUUAUAUCAAUUUUCUCGCACCCCGCUUUUGCCAUCUUUAUCGCCCUAUUGUCUCAAAGUUGAAACCUGGCUGAGGCUUGCCGGUAUCAAAUAUGAGAAUGUGGACCAUAAACUGAAAUAUCGUUCCAAAAAAGGACAGUUGCCUUUUGUUGAGCUCAAUGGUGAAGAAAUUGCCGACAGCGUUAUCAUCAUCAAGGAAUUGGCUGCUCGUUUCAACCAUGACAUGGAUAUCGCACUAACUGCAGAACAGCGCAAUGUAGCUCAUGCUAUGAUCUCCAUGAUCGACAACCACCUUGCUUGGGUUGUUAUGUGGUGGCGUACCAAAUAUCCCGACCAAGUCCUGAAAGGAUACAAGGUUAAUCUUCAGCAUGCUCUUGGUACAAGAAUACCAAAUGGAAUAUUGAACUUCUGCUUCAAAUUUGCAUUUGGCAGAAAGUGGUUCCAGGGUUCCAAGAAAGUUAAGGCUCAAGGCAUUGGGGUACAUUCCCCAGAAGAAAUCAAUGCUUUUGGACAGAGUGAUCUGAAAGUAUUAUCUGAUAUGCUUGCUGACAAACCAUUCUUCUUUGGAGAUGAACCAACUACAUUGGAUGUUGUGGUAUUUGCUCACCUAGCCCAAAUAUAUUUUAUUGACAAAGAAGUUACAUACCCACUACGUGACUAUAUGACUGAAUCUUGUGCGAACCUUGUUGGUUUAGUCAACCGAAUGAAGGACCGCUGCUUCUCUGACUGGGAUGAGAUCUGCACAAACCUUGACUUGAAUUCUCAUUUGCCAAAACCUGAGCCUGAACAACAGAAAGACAACAAAGAAGCUGCUAAGGACGAAAAAGAGGCUGAAGGUAAAGAAUUGGAACCUGAUGAUAAAGAUAUUGAAAAAGAAAAAGCUGAUGACAAAGAAAAAGCGAAAGAAAAGGAGGUUGAAGAAAACAAAGAAAAAGAAACCAAGUAAAAAGUUGUGUUGAAGGUGUGUGAGGCAACUGCAAUUAAUUUUAUUCAUCUCAAACGAAUGAAUCCAAAAUUUUUAGUUUUCUUUUUCCCUUUAAGUGCAAAUUUAGCUAGUGAGGUCAAUUUGUGACUGUCCUCUCUAAAGAAACCUGCGAUCUCGGUCAAAUUGUAAUUUAUAAAUGAUUUGUGAAAAUUUAUUUAUGCAGAUUUUCUUAUAGGCAUCACGCACUAAGUAUCAAUUGAAAUAUCAACAUAAUCUCAUUCACAUUAUUCAAAAUGAUUGAAUUUUUUUCACCCCUACCAUGAGCAUACAAUGAUAAUUUGGAUUCUGAAAAUGUUACUUUAAAUUUUAUAUGUUGUUUAAUUUCAAUUGGUACUUUGUGUAUCAAAGAAUACUCCACCACAUGACAUAUUCAGUGCUAGUUAUAUUUGUUUGUAUAAAAUAAUUUUAGCCAUGUUUUCUAUUGUAAGCAAUUGUAUGUAUAAACACUUUCAAAAGCAAAUUAGGGUCCAAAUCUUACUUUAGUAUACCGUGUGAUGUGUGCAAUUUGGUCCCUUGCACAUUUGAUGGAAUAUCUUCUGCUUGCUUUCGAAAGUGCGUCCAUGUUAGUGCAGUCUCAGUGUACCAAAUUAUAUAAUCAGUUAUUAGUAGUGCAUUUAUAUUCAUUCCAUAUUUUAAACGUUCAACAUCAACAAAUUACAUAACUUAUCAGUAUAAUUGUAGAUUUUUGUAUUUUUUUAAAAAAUAAUUUUAGGAUUCACAUUUUGUAGGUAAUUUAAAACGAUAAAUUUCUAAUGAUUCUAAUGAGAAAUACUGCAUAUGAUAGAACAGACUUUCGUUGAUUUCCUUCUACAACUCCAAAUACUUUUCAGGGUUGUUGAAAUGAAUUCAAAUUUCCUGUUCUUAUUUAUGCCUUUUUCUUAUUAGAAAUCCUUUUACCGUUGUCACACAUUGUGUUUAACGCAACAAUUUCCGUGUAUUUUCAUAUUUUCAAUUCAAUAUAAUGAUACUGUAUGGAAUUAACUUGAUUCCUUUAUAUGUAUAAUGAAGAACUGAAUGUUCGAACAUUAUAAUUUAAAUAAUUUAAGUUUGAUUUACAACUGUGUUGUAUGCUAUAUUACAGUUAAAAUAAAUUGGUAUUUUAAGUUGAAA